AUGUCGAAACUCUUCAAAAUCAAUCAUGCCGCCGGCAUCUUCGCUGAUAUGUCGGUCGAUGGACCCCCAAUCGGUACUCUCGUCGCCAUUAUCGAUCGAGCAAAGAACCUGCCCAAUCGCAAAACCAUGGGCAAACAGAAUCCCUAUUGUGCUGCACGACUUGGCAAAGAAGCGAAGAAGACCCCAACAGAUCUACGAGGCGGACAAACACCACGAUGGGACCACGAAUUGCGUUUCACUGUACACGAGUCUCCUGACUACUAUAAAUUGAAGGUGUCUGUCUUCAACGACGAUAAAAAGACAGACUUAAUCGGAGAGACAUGGGUGGACUUGCAAAACUUAAUCAUCCCCGGAGGAAGCCAGAAUGACCACUGGCACUCGUUACAAUGCCGAGGCAAAUACUCAGGCGACAUUCGAAUUGAAAUGACCUACUACGAUACUCGACAACAAGAUGAGGCUGUGAUCGAACGACGGAAAGAAGCUGCAGAGAGAAUUCAAGGCAAACCCACUACAACCACAAGCUCCGGCCUCUCUGGUCCUCGACAACUAAACCAAGUCAAACGACGCCCGUUGCCAACAGACCCCUCCGGAGUCGUCCCUCCUCGCCCUUUUCCAAUGGAAAAACCACAGUCAGCUCCUCCGCUGCAGCAGCCAGUACCGUCACGACCAGCUAUGCGUGAGCACGCCCACAGCAUGUCACAGGUUGACGGCCCAGCCGCACACCCUGCUCCUUUACGAAACCCCGAACCUGCUUACGACGCCCCGUCUUAUGAACCACAACCACAACACCAACCACCUCCCAUGCAUCCCCGAGGAGGCUACGAGGCCCACGAUAAUUAUCAGCGUGAAUGGGAUACCCCAGCUCCCGCUCUUCCCCCGGCCGGGACAAUGCGACGGAACACGCAGGGGAUGCCAUACGCAGAAUCAGCCUACGACUUACGACCAUUGCAACCACGCAGCCAAUCUGACUCUGAUCAACCUCCCUCCCGCGACUAUCGCUCCACAAGUGAGCCACCGUUUGAGACUGACAUGCGCGGACGGUCAAUGUAUGACGAGCCAGUACAUCCCCACGAUGCCUAUAGCAUGAUAUCACCCCAGUAUACAGCAAACCCCGUGACAUUUGGGCAUGUCUCUACUUUCACGCCACGCCAUCAUGCUCAUGUCGAUGAGCCCAUGCCAUCUGAUCACUCUCGACCCGGCUCUUCUGCCGGUCCGGGCGAUGACCUCCGGUACCAAUCCCACGACAGCAGAGCCCUGCAGCCUGUGCAUCGUCGGGAUGAUUACCAUCCGGAGUAUGCAACAAUGCAGCCCCGUGUCGAAGAUGAGGACGAAGAUGGACCUCCCCCGCCGCCGCCCGUUCAUCGGUCUCGUAUGGCUCAGCCUAUCCCAUCUCCUCAGCAACCAGUGACCCAAGCUGUAUCACCCUACAAGCCCUAUACACCCGGGCACUCUCCCAAUGCUUCGCCUAUGCCGGCUAGUCUCGUUGCUGGGUAUGAAAGUGAGGACGCAAUUGAGCGACAAGUGAUUGAAACCCGCGUCCGCAGGCCAAGCACUCACGUUGAUGAUGAGAUGAUGAUUACCCAACAGCCAUCACCGGGGUCCAUUCGUUCAAACACCCGGGCUCCCUCGCCCUACGAUGCCCCGGUUUAUCCCCUCAGAACAUCCCCGAAGCCACUGGACGAUCGAGCUAGUAUCUCGAGCCGGGAAUACCCCAAUACAGAGACCCGUAUGGUAACCCGGAAGUCAGUGAGCCCGCGACCUUCGUCCUCCGAUUCGCGCGGAGGCUCCUCAAUUCCCUUCUCCCCUGACUCAUAUAACAACUUCAAUCCCAAUGCUGCCCGCUCGGCCACUGGCCGCGAUCCAGUACCGGCAUAUGACUCACCUUCUCAAGCUCGAGACGCCGCGCUACGAGCAGAGAUCGAGCCUGUUCGAGACCUGAGCCAGCCUAUCAUCGGUGAUGAUGGUCGUGAGAUCGAUCCGUCGGAUCACUUGCCAACCGACACAUGGGCACCUGAGCCAGAGCGAAAGAACCGGAAACCAGAGGUCAUCAUUCGAUUCAAGCACAGUCCCCGAGACCGACCGACGUCUCGAGGAAACGACACCACAUCCCGCACCGCGGCUCCACCCCGUGUAGGAUUCCGCACGGAAACAACUACCUACGGUGCUGAUCGCCCAGGCAAGAGAUACACUCCUACCCACGUCCACAGCUCCGACUCCAUAGACCGAACGCCCCCGCGAGUCGAUCGUGGUCAGGACAGCUAUGCGAACAGCUACACCCAUGGUCGGGGCUACAGUACCCCGGCCUCAAUCGACCGGCCACGUUCUUCUCACCGCGGCUCCGUGUCUCCAUCACCGAGCUCCCGUUCUCCGCUGUACGACUACAACGCCGGCCCUCCUAUACCGUCCAAAGUACCGAUUUCUUCCGGUGCUCCCUCCUACCCUGUGACGUCUAGUAACCCAAGCAGCGGUAAUUCCGGGAUGGACGCACUUAGCCGGGAACUAAAGACUAUUGACAUCGGCUCUGUCGCGUGCAGUCCAAGUCGCACAGUUCGGAAAUAUGCUCCACCGCGCGCCUCAGCAUCGAUCGGCUAUGCCAGUUAA